GGAAGGGGCGGGAGGGAAGAUGGCGGCGCUGGGGGCGCGGGGCUCGGCGGCGCUGCCCGCGCGGCUGCGGGCGCUGUGGGCGCUCCCCGCGCGGCGGGCGCUGGCGGCGGAUGCGGGCGAGGGAAAGGCCGCCCAGCCCAAGCCCGCCUUCACAGACGAAGCGGUUCAGACGCUACUUUACAAAAUGACGGGACUCGACCUGCACAAGGUGUUCCGGCCUGUGAAAAAGGGCCUCAAGCCGCCCCACUACAAGCUGAUGACCGAAGCUCAGCUGGAAGAGGCCACAAGAAAAGCUAUUGAGGAAGCUAAAACAAAACUAAUCAUGCCUCCUGUUUUGAAUGAACGAGAGCCAAUUGACGAUGUCUUAGCAGAAGACAAAGUCCUUGAAGGAACUGAAACUGCAAAAUAUGUGUUUACAGAUUUAAGUUACUCCAUUCCACAUCGUGAGCGUUUCGUUGUAGUCAGAGAACCAAACGGGGUGCUACGCAAAGCCACCUGGGAGGAACGAGACAGGAUGAUCCAGAUAUUCUUCCCAAAGGAAGGGCGCAGGGUGAUUCCCCCCACAUUAUUCAAGGAUGAGAACCUUGGGACUGUAUUUCAGCAGGAUCGUCAUGAAGAUGUCCUGAACAUGUGCAUUGCUCAGUUUGAGCCAGAUUCACCUGACUAUAUCAGAGUUCACCAGCGCACCUACGAGGACAUCGAGAAGCACGCCAAGUACGACCUGCUGCGCUCAACCCGGCACUUCGGGGGCAUGGUGUGGUACCUGGUCAGCAGGAAGAAGACGGAUGGCUUACUCAUAGACAUGAUCAACAGAGACCUGCUGGAGGAUGCUACAAGUUUAAUUACACUGUAUCAUAUGCUUCACCCUGAAUGUCAGUCAGCAAAGGAAACUAAAGAAGGGAAACUUCAAGGAGUUGAUCUGAUCAAGGUAUUUGUGAAAACUGAAUCCCAGAGAGAAGGUUAUAUCCAGCUGGCCCUGCAGGCUUAUGAAGAAGCAAUGGCUACUUCUUCAGCUUCAUGAAGUAAACCUCGGCUCAGCAGAAGUUUUAAAUCUGUUUAUAAACAUUUUCUGUACAGGAUUCCACAAUAAAUACUUGAAAAUGA